AUGGCACUGUGGCAGCAGCAGCAGCAGCAGCAGCAGCAGCAGCAGCAGCAGCAGCAGCAGCAGCAGCAGCAGCAGCAGCAGCAGCAGCAGCAGCAGCAGCAGCAGCAGCAGCAGCAGCAGCAGCAGCAGCAGCAGCAGCAUCAGCAGCAGCAGCAGCAGCAGCAGCAGCAGCAGCAGCAGCAGCAGCAUCAGCAGCAGCAGCAGCAGGCAGCAGCAGCAGCAGCAGCAGCAGCAGCAGCAGCAGCAGCAGCAGCAGCAGCAGCAGCAGCAGCAGCAGCAGCAGCAGCAGCAGCAGCAGCAGCAGCAGCAGCAGCAGCAGCAGCAGCAGCAGCAGCAGCAGCAGCAGCAGCAGCAGCAGCAGCAGCAAUAGAGGGCUGCAAGGGGGAUGCACAAGCGCCGGGUAUACCUGGAGGCAGUGGCAAGGGCUGCGUACUCGCAUGA